GACCCCUGAAAGGGGCAAGGAUCCAAGUUUAUCAGGUUAAAGCAAAAGGCCCAGCUUAUACAAAGGUCUUCAUCACUCCCUGACGCACUAAGAAACACACAGAGACUAGAGUUUCUUCAACUUCGAAGGGGUCGGUAACAGGGAUGAAAACAAAAGAGCUGAUGCAGAAUGUUGAAAGUGAAGAAGUUAAUAUUUAUCCGAAACAACAUGUGAUUGCCCCUGAAAAGAAAGAUGAAUUUGGGGGUUUAGGUGGAGAGAAUCAUGAAGGUGAAGGGAAAUCUGAUCUGGGACCAGUAGAAAAAGUCACUGCCUUGGAAAAGAAAAAUGAAUUUGUGGAUUUAGUUGGAGAGCAGCAAGAACAUAAUUGGGGGCCUGAAGUGAAAUCUGAUCUGGGACAAGUAAAAAAAAUCAAUGCCUCUGAUAAAAAAGUGGAAUCUGUGGAUUUAGUUGGAGAGCAGCAGGAACAGAAUCAUGAAAGUGAAGUGAAGUCUUAUCUGGAACAAGUAGAAACCAUCAGUGCCUCUGAGAAAAAAGUGCAAUAUGUGGGUUUAGUUGCACAGCAGCAUGAACAGAACUGUGAAGGUGAAGUGAAAUCUGAGUUGGAACAAGCAAGAAUUGGCUCUGCAAAGAAAGGUGAACUUGAGGGUUUAGAUGAUGAGCACCUAAAUCAGAAUCGUGAAAGAGAUGAAGAGGUUUUCUAUCUGAGACAAGUAAGUAGCUUGAUUGCUGAUGACAACAAAGAUGAACUUGUGGGUUUGCUCAAAGAGAAGCUAGAAAGGAAUGUUUCUGGGAUCUCUUCUCUUAAACUGGAGAGUUUGUUGACCAUGGUUUGUCAAUGCAGAGCAAAGAGUUGUGCUACUGCUCUUGUUGCAGGAGAGGCUGGACUAAAAUUAGAUCUCCAUGCCAAACUGAGUAGUGGAGAAUACCCAUUGCAUGUUGCUGCUCAUAAUCUGUCAUUUGAACUAGUAAACUUGUUUCUCCAACUAGGAGCACAGACAAAUGUAGUUGGUAGCAGCGGGAAGCUCCCAUUGCACAUGGCAGUUGAGGCAAUAAGCCGUCAUGACUUUCUUGCCGAUUGGAUCCCCGAAAAGUCCAUCCAUAAGUUAAUUUAUUUGCUUUGUUUACCAGAUCUGCACAAACCGCUGGAGGUCGUGAAUUUGCUUGCACAGAGUUCUGGAGAGGUUCAAUCAGUAGCCAAGCACUGUGUUGAAGAUGGGAAUCUUGUUCAGAUUGCUACAUUGCUGAUGGGGGCCAGGGAAAAGCUUCUGGAACCCGUUCCAGGCUAUGAAACCGAAGGUCCCAUCCUCGGGCUGUACAUUGCAAAGAAGUUGAGAUCAUUAACUUGUGAGGAGUUCAGACUGAUUGCAUAUGGUAAACGUGAAGAGAUUAGGCCUUUCAGGAGCAAGAAAGAUGCACUUCUGUCUGCAGUAUCAUUGCUUCAAGUUUUUGAGUCGGCUGGUGGUGCCAUUGAGGACUACUGUCAUAGCAAUACUAGGAGUUCACUAAAUAAUAAAGUGGCAAAGGAUAUUCAUUGCUUGUUGUGGAAAUUUGGAUUUCUUGGGUCUCGGGAGCACAUAAACAGUUAUUGCUUCUCUUUUGCUUUUCAUCUUUCCCCUUUGAUAAAUUUUUAUGCUUUGGAAUGUGAUGAUACCCUGCUGUUGGGUGAGCAAGUUGUCUUUCAAAUUUGGGAAAGUUGGAGAAAGCAAAGCUCAUUCAAUCUGUUAAUCUGACGAGGAGCUUACCUGAGCUUGUACGGGGAAGUAGGAAGGCUGGAUCUCAGCUUACUCCACGGGUUUAUAGUCCCCUGAACCAGUCAUUCCAUUCUUGUACUUGGGCAAAUACUGCCAAAGGUGUCAAGCUUGUUUCACCAGUCCGAACUCAAGCGGAUGGAAUCAUCAAUCAGGCAAUGAAACCACUGAUGCGGAAGUUUACAACAGCAGCACAAAUGUCUGUCAUGGGUUUGAGCAUGAGGAGGAGGAUUCGAUACUGAGAAUGUUCCUGCGGUUAGGUUAGGUGGGUUAGGACUUUGGAUUGUUAGUUGUUACCCCCAUAUUGAGCUGGUAGAAUUGAUGUAUAUCUAGAUAUUGCCUCCUCCUCUACUAUGUAAUGCAUGUCGUUGUUUUGCCAAAAAGUCUGCCCUAAGAGACUUUUGGCAAAUAUUUGUGUGUUGCAACAAUCCAGCGUGGAUGGAAAGCUGCGAGGCUUCUAAUGAUUCACUGUUCCAACUAAAAUGUCUUUGACAUGUGUAGCCUAAGACCUUAACGUGCUCUGGGAUUUUCUGUUUGUAUAUUUCUUCAAUUUGAAGGUGUUGGUGCAACUAGCCCUGGCAUUGGCUGGCUAGUGUGCUACUUAUUUCUGU